AGAAGAAGAAGGAGGAGGAGGAGGAGGAGGGUAACAGGCUCGGGUGGCGGCGGCGGCGGCAGCUGCAGGAUGCAGGGCACUGGCGGAACCGCCCCCCCAGGGAGCCCGGGGCCCCCGAGGCCCCCGAGGCCCGGCCGCUUCUCCUGCCAUAUCGAGGGGGCCCAGCCCAGGCCUGGGUCUCAGCUACUUGUCAAGAGUCUCUCCUUGGAACCCAACCCCCAGGGAGGCCCUUCUGAGACUCCCAGUCUCAAACCCUCCCCCUCCAAGAGGCCCCCAGGGCCCAAGCCUCAGGUGCCCCCCAAGCCAUCCCAUCUCCUGGGUCCCCGGCUGGCCCCCCUGCUGGAACCCAUUCCCCCACCCCCCUCCCGCCCGCUUCCUGCAGACCCCAGGCUGACCAGGGCCUCCCACUCUCGGGCUGAGGCAACUGUGGGGGCUUCAGCUGUAUCCUCCCUGAUCGAGAGGUUUGAGAGAGAACCUGCCAUCCUGGCACCUGAGGCGGGGGGGCUUGUGCCCUCAGAACUGACAACAGACUCCCCAUGCCUCCUCCUGUCUGCUCCGGGGGAGAAGGUGCCCAACCGAGACAGUGGCAUUGGAAGCAUUAGUUCACCCUCAAACAACGAGGAGACCUGCUUGGCCAGUGGUGGUGGCAGCAGUGAUGGCGGCAGCGGCAGCCAGGCCAUCCUAGGACCCUCCAGUGACCCGCUCCCUGCAGCUCCACACAGCCCCAUGGAAGCUGAUAGUGACCUGGAUGAGGAAGAAGAGGAAGAUGAUGAAGAGGAGGGGAGAGAGGGGCUGCCCAGGCCCAGAAUGGAGAGACAGGACUCUUCAGAGCUAACAGUUCAGCAGAAGGUGUUCCACAUCGCCAAUGAACUCCUGCAGACGGAAAAGGCCUAUGUGUCACGGCUGUACCUCCUGGACCAGGUGUUCUGUGCCCGACUAUUAGAGGAGGCCCGGACCCGAAGCUCCUUCCCAGCUGAUGUGGUCCAUGGUAUCUUCUCCAAUAUCUGCUCCAUCUACUGUUUCCACCAGCAGUUCCUGCUGCCAGAGCUUGAGAAGCGAAUGGAAGAGUGGGACCGGUACCCUCGAAUCGGAGACAUCCUGCAGAAGCUCGCACCAUUCCUGAAGAUGUAUGGUGAGUACGUCAAGAACUUUGACAGGGCCGUGGAGCUGGUGAACACGUGGACAGAGCGCUCAGCCCCUUUCAAGGUCAUCAUCCACGAAGUACAGAAAGAGGAGGCCUGUGGGAACCUAACUCUGCAGCACCACAUGCUGGAACCUGUGCAGCGCAUUCCCCGCUAUGAGCUGCUGCUGAAAGACUAUCUGCUUAAGCUUCCUCAUGGCUCCCCAGACAGCAAGGAUGCAGAGAAAUCAUUGGAAUUGAUCGCUACUGCAGCUGAGCAUUCCAAUGCUGCCAUACGCAAGAUGGAGAGAAUGCACAAACUCCUGAAGGUCUAUGAGUUGCUUGGAGGGGAGGAGGAUAUUGUCAGUCCCGCGAACGAGCUCAUCAAAGAGGGUCACAUCCUCAAGCUAUCUGCCAAGAAUGGGACCACUCAGGAUCGGUACCUCAUCCUGUUCAACGACCGCUUACUGUACUGUGUCCCCAAGCUCCGACUCCUGGGACAGAAGUUCAGUGUGCGAGCCUGCAUAGAUGUGGAUGGCCUUGAGCUGAAGGAAAGUUCCAACCUGAACCUGCCCCGAACCUUCCUGGUGUCUGGGAAGCAGCGUUCUCUAGAGCUACAGGCCAGGACUGAGGAGGAGAAGAAGGAUUGGAUCCAGGCCAUCCAUGCCACUCUCAUGAAGCAUGAGCGCACACUGGAGACCUUCAGACUAUUGAACUCAGCCCCCCGAGAAGAGGAAGACACACCCCCUAGCUCACCGAACGUGGACCUUGGGAAGCGUGCCCCGACACCCAUCCGAGAGAAGGAGGUGACAAUGUGUAUGUGCUGCCAAGAGCCCUUCAACCCAAUCACCAAACGAAGACACCACUGUAAAGCCUGUGGCCAUGUGGUGUGCGGCAAGUGCUCAGAGUUCCGGGCCCGAUUGGUCUAUGAUAACAACCGUUCUAAUCGAGUGUGUCUUGAUUGCUACACUGCCUUGCGUGGGGCCCAGGGACCCAGCCCAAGUCCAGGGCAGAACACACCCCAACGGAGACGCUCCAUUCUAGAGAAACAGGCAUCAGUGGCUGCUGAGAACAGCCUUGUUUGCAGCUUCAUGCACUACAUGGAGAAAGGUGCCAAGGGCUGGCACAAGGCCUGGUUCGUAGUCCCUGAAAGUGAGCCCCUUGUUCUCUACAUCUAUGGAGCUCCUCAGGACGUGAAAGCCCAGCGCAGCCUGCCCCUUAUUGGCUUUGAGGUGGGGGCACCAGAGGCCAGUGAGCACAAGGAGAGGCGUCAUGUCUUCAAGAUCACCCAGAGUCACCUGGCCUGGUACUUUAGCCCAGAGACUGAGGAGCUUCAGAGGCGGUGGAUGGAUGUGUUGGCCCGAGCUGGGCGGGGAGAUGAACUCCAGGCAGGCCGUUCCAUUCUUGAGUCCGGAGAGGAGAGUGAAACAGCAGCAGCAGCUGUUGCAGCCUCAGCAAUGGCAACAGGCCCUGGCCCAGAGCUAGAACCCCCUCCUCCUUCCACCUCCAAGCAGGGACCCCAGGGCUGAGCACCAGCCCUUGGCAAGCUCUUUGCCCCUUGGUACUUGAACUCCAGAUCCUGGGCACUUUUGGUCAUGUUAGGGGCUUUUUAGCCAAAUGUGAGGCUUGUUUUUGUAAUCCCCAACCUCAUGUUUGUCACUUGGGGCAGGGCGCUUUAUAAAGAGAGGACAAAAGCCCUGUCCUCCCCAUCUCCUCCACCCUAUGUGAAAGGCCUCAGCUGUGCUGUGAUUUUGGGCAGGCUGCAAGGCCGCAGGGGCCCCUUUCACCAAGGUCCCUUCCAACUCUUUUGACAUGUGGUGCUAAGUCCGUGUCUCUGGGCUUCUUUCUUUUCUUUCAAAUGGCUGAUCUUCAACAUGUUCUCCAGUUUCUACACUCUUAUGAAGUAGGGUACUUUCUCUUUUGUCAUCUAGGAAACACACUGGGGAGAACUAAAUGGUUUCCCAACUUGAGUUCUGAGUCACACCUGGCGGGGCCCGCCCCCCCCCCAUCAGCCACUCCCCGUGACCGUGAGCAUUUCCCCAUCUAUUUCUGGACCUGUUUCUCCUCCACACGGGUUUGGUACAGAUGCUUUCUAAGGUUUCGUCCUGCGCUAAGUCUCUGAUCUGAAUUCCCUUUUCUCUCAGCCUCGAUUCCUUCAUCAGUAAAAUGAUGGGGUCGGCUGGACCAGAGGGUCUCUAAAGUCUUUUUCAAAUAUUCGAGUUCUGUGAUUUUCAAAUUCCUCCUCCCUUGAUCUCAUUUUUCCCUCCAAAAAAAUGAAGUGGGAGGAAGCCCUAACUUGGACAACCCUUCCUUCUCCUCGCGUGCAGCUGGGACUGGAAGGCAUUUUAGCAUCUCCUCUCCCCCCCACUCCCAAAGUGGCAGGACCACUCCACCAGAUAACAGCGGGGCACUGGGGGACUAGGAAAAGGAGAUUGUUUGAUGUUUUGUUUUAAUGCAAAAAUACAGUUUUGGU